AUGGGAACUGUCGUGUCUAAAAGGAAGAAUUUAAGAAACGAUGCGAUAUCUUCCGUGGCAGCAAAAGUUAGAGCAGCGCGAGCAUUUGGAGAGUACCUGUCCCACACACACCCUGAGAACCGAAACGGAUCAGCCCAUCUCCUGUCUGACACGUUUGUGGGUCCAGACUCUGACUCCCCUGGUGGUGUCCGUCACCACAACAACAACCAUCCAUACCCCCACAGGGGUUCUCCAGCCCCCCCUGAGUCCAGCCUGGUGAAAUCUCCGCUGGGCCACCUCCAGCCCCCGCCCCCCUCCAUCACCACCACCAAGGCCCGUCUGUCUCUGGAGCGCAGCUUCUCGGCCGAAGAGGACCAGCAGAAGUGUGUGGAGUGUGCCCUGCAGCCUGCCCGUGUCUACACCAUCACCGGAGAGCACAGUAUGCUGGGUAGCAACCGGGGCAGCAAGGAGAGCCUGGAGCUGGAAGUGCUGAAGGGGGCGUCGACCCUGGUCCAGCCCUCCACCUCCCCCUCAUCCACCUCCUCCCCCACCCAGCACCACCUUCGCCACGGACACCGUGGCAACACUCAUCGGGAUGAUGGGAGCCAUCGUCACGGCAACCCUGUUGCCGGCGGCAGCAGUGGCAACCACCACACUCUGGCUGUUACCGGCGGGGGUGCUGCCCACCAUGGUCACCAUGGCAGCCACCACCACCUGUCCCAGCAGCCCCUGUCAAGCUCGGUCAGCGCCCACAACAUCCGCAGCUGGGGUGAGGGGGGAAAGGGGGGCUCACGGGAGGACUGCAGCCUCAACAUGGCCUUGGACUCUAGCGGGGCUCCAUCCCGUAGCCAGGGCUCCCUGGAUCUAGAGAGCUCCCGCGAGGCAGGCAAGCAACACAGACGCCUUGAGAGGAUGUGGAGUGUGGACCGGAUGACUGGGCUGGAGAGAGAGGACAACAACUGGUACCCAAAAGAAAAUAUGUUCAGCUUCCAGACUGCUUCUACCACCAUGCAGGCGAUAUCGAACUUCCGGAAGCAUCUUAGAAUGGUGGGCAGCAGGAGAAUGAAGGCACAGACAUUUGCCGAGCGUAGAGCGAAGAGUUUCAACCGCUCCUGGAGUGACCCCACCCCUGUCAAGAAUGACUCUUCACAUGACCCCAGAGACAGUGGGGACCUGCCAGCCUCGUGUGGGACUCUGGAUGAGGGGGAGCGCGAGGACCUAGACUGGGAGGAAGAGAGGGAGAUGGAGAGACUGGCCUGUGAGGGAGAUGACUUCAUCCCACCCAAAAUUAUGCUGAUCUCCUCCAAAGUCCCCAAGGCAGAGUACGUUCCCACCAUCAUCCGCAGGGAUGACCCCUCAAUCAUCCCCAUCCUCUAUGACCAUGAACAUGCUACGUUUGAUGAUAUCCUCGAGGAGAUUGACAAGAAGCUAACAGCCUACAGGAGAGGCAGCAGAAUCUGGAGGAUGCUCAUCUUCUGUCAGGGAGGUCCAGGGCAUCUGUACCUGUUGAAGAAUAAAGUGGCCACAUUCGCCAAGGUGGAGAAAGAGGAGGACAUGAGUCAGUUCUGGAGGAGGCUGAGUCGGUUUAUGAGCAAAGUCAACCCUGAACCCAACCUCAUCCACAUUAUGGGCUGCUACGUCCUGGGAAACCCCAAUGGAGAGAAGCUGUUCCAGAAGCUAAAGAACCUGAUGAGGCCUUACUCCAUCGAAUUUGAGUCACCACUGGAGCUGUCCGCACAGGGAAAAGAGAUUAUUGAGAUGUACUUUGACUUCCGUCUCUUCCGUCUGUGGAAAACCCGCCAGCACUCCAAACUCCUGGACUACGAAGAUCUUUUGUGA